UUCAUGCAACCGCAUUCCGGAUCCGAGGUCAGCUUCUCCUCCGGUCUUCGCAACAUUGGAAAGGGAAAAGAGUGGUUGGGAGAUGAGUAGUUGCGUUUUCAACUGUUUGCCACAAUCAUUUGACCCUAUAAAAGAAGAAAUCACCCAUACCUUCUCAAAGGUGCUUCAUAUAGCUUGGAUCUAGACAUUGUGAUUUUGCACCCAACAUGGAUAGCUCUCUGGAAACAACAUGCAGCACGAUAAAAAACACUAAUCCGAGGGUGGACAUGUUCACUUGUUUGUGGGUGUUACUGCAAAUGAUUUCUUUCAUCCCAAUUCAUCUAAACUUCUGGGCGUGGUGGAGAACUAUGAUGGAGUAUGAAACAGUGAACUUUACUGACGAGUUUGGACGCACAUUUGAGCUGACUGCUGGCUACAAGAAUGGCAUGCCCGAAUUUGUGAAGGGUGUGGAAACAAUUGCUAAAUACUACAAUCUGGAAGGAGGAUGUUAUAUCUUCCAUUAUGGCAUUGGUCCUGGGCCACUGUGGUUUGACUUGUCGGUUUGGAGCUGGGCUUUGCCCGUGACGAAAUUCCGGAAGAUAUAUCAGUGGGAUGUGGCCGUUCAAGAACGCUUUGCACAGGCAAAAGUUCAAUUGAGAUUUCCGCCUGAUCUGGUUAAAAGAUUUCUACCCAGUAGGGUGCAUUACAUUUUUGAGAUUGUGCAAGAGCUAAACGUCUACAACUAUGUUGAACUCUACACUCAUCCAACAGGCCCUAAAAAGAACCUUUGCAGUCGUUACCUGGGCGGUAAGCCUUGGUUUGACAUCGUUCGAAUGCUUAAUCUAACGGGUGCGGAGAAGCUCAUUUGCACAUUCCGAUUAGAGACUGAUGUGUUAUUCCUUCACGUUGUAAGAUGAUGAUGGAUCUGGUGGACGGGGUCGGAGAGGUUAAAUGAUGGAGCGGGUGGAGGGUAUUCAUGCGGUUGACCCGUACACCUCUAUCUGUGACUUACUUUGCCAGGGCCAUGCACUUAUCUAGUUUUUUAUUAUCGUCAUCAGUAAUACUUAACUAACGUUUGUGUUAGUUGGGUGUGUUUAGUCGGUGUCAAUGUAUGGAAAUGUUUGUGGGUUGUGUUUAAUUAGGACUAUUGACUUUUGCUUCGUGAUUUGGUCAAUGUAAGACGAAACUUAAAUUAGUAUUCACUCGUUUCCAACAUAUAACUAGCUGAAUUUUAUUUCAAAUUAUAUGAUAU